AUGGCCCAAAACAAGGUUCUCUUUGCCUUCGUCUUUCUUCUUUUCAUCUUCUCUUUAAAGCUCCAGUCCACUCAAGCAAGGCUGCUGAAGCUAACCAUGCACAAGCAAAACCCAUUGCUAAACAAGCUCCAAAAUGCGAAUAAACUCCUAGAAAAGGAUCCGAGUGAAACAUUAGCCAAGCAGAGUAAAAACUUGCACGGUGAAACCUCGAACAAAGCCACGGACACUAACUUGUCUUCCACUCUGCCGUCGCCGCCAUCGCCACCAAGUGCCAUGGUGGGGCCAACCACGCCGCCGCCAUCUCCUGGACGUAGCUUAGAUGACUUCAGGCCCACAGCUCCUGGCCACAGCCCUGGGGUUGGCCAUUCGCUUCAAAACUAG